GUCCUCGGCACGCACACAUGGCCGCGAUAGGAGGCUUUUGAGGAUUCCUCCAGCAUGCGUGAAUCCAGGGCCACAAGAGGACUAGGGCACGACGCACACGCACCGCGUUAAGUCUUUGUCACUCGCUGCAAUCUGACCAGCUCGAGCUCGACUUCGAUUUCAGGGGGGGGAGACACUCUAUUGCCAUACGAGAACUUGUCGCCGUGUUCAAACGGGCAACGGCCACGGCGCAUCCGUGACAAUUGUCGCAUCUCAUUGAUUCUGGAUUGGGAGAAAAGAAAUUCAUUUAAGAAACAAUCAGCCAGACCGUCGUCGAUAAAUUCCCCAGACUUCUUGUCUUCUGCAGCUGUCUGCUGGAUUGAAAGGAAAGAUAGCGCUGACUGCCUCUCGCACAAAGAUGGACAUCUCCCAACAGGAGCGAAGCUCCUCCUUUCUUCAACAUACCCUGACGGAGAGCAUCCAACAUCCCAUCCAAACCGUCUUCGCCAUCCUCUUCGUCGUCUGCGUCGUCACCCGCAUCGUCUCAGGUCUCCAGUUCCGCUCCACGGUCCUGAAACAAGCUGCCGACCGCGGCCCGCACGGGCCUCGAACCGUGCCCGUUCUCCCAUACUGGAUUCCCUGGAUCGGGCACGCCUUCUCGUUCGUGGCGGGCGGGACGGACUUCCUGACGCGGGCGGCGCGCUCGCUGGGGCCCAAUGCGUCUAUCUACGCCCUGAAGAUGGCCAACUCCAAACACAACGUGGUCACGGUACCCAGCAUCGCCAAGCAGAUCCUGAUCGACCGGACAAGCCCGAUCACGAUGAACGACUUCAUCUACCACACGAUGAAGAACUUCUGGGACGACCGUGGGGCGAUCAAGGCCAUCGACCCCGACCACCUGUGGGGCAACAUCCACGGGGUCUUGUCCGGCAUGCUGCGCGAGAGCUUCGUCACCUCGGCCAUCAGCGGCACGGUCGACAUGGUCGCGGAGAGGACGUGGAACCUGGUCUCCGGGGCACAAAGCCCCGUGGACCAAAGUAUCUGGGAGCGCCAGGGCGGCGUGGAAGUCAUAUCACGCGGCGACGGCGACAACGCGCUGGUGGCCGAGGCCAGUCUGUUCCCCCUCCUGCGGUAUUUCGUCGGCGACAUCGCCACCACGGUCCUGUUCGGGCGGAACUUCAUGGAGAACUACCCAAACAUCAUGCCCGACCUGUGGGAAAUGGACUCGCAGUUCAACCUCUUCAUGGCCGGGGCGCCGUCGUGGUUGCCCGGCAUGGGCGGGCCGGCGCAGGCGCGGGAGCGCAUCAUCCAGGCGGUCCAGGAGCACCACGAGGCGCUCUUCAAGUACCUCGACGGCCAGGACCCCGGAAGUCGAUGGGACGACAUGUCGGACGUGUCGUCCGUGAUCGUCGACCGGGCCAAGGCGUUCCGCGCUGGGGGGUCCGCGCCACGAGGCUACGCGACCGGCAACGCCGCCAUCCUGUGGGCCAUGAACAUCAACGCCAACCCCGUCAUCUUCUGGAUGACGUGGUACAUCUUCUCGACGCCUUCCCUGCUGCAGGAGAUCCGGGCCGAGAUCGCGCCCCACGUGCGGCUCCGCGAGCCGGCCCCCUCGGGCCUCCCGAUCAAGGAGGCCCCCCGGCUGGACAUCGACAUGGCCGCGCUGUGGGGCAAGUGCCCGCUCCUCAAGGGCGCGUUCUUCGAGACGAUGCGCCUCGAGGCCGCGAGCAUGUCGUACAAGAUGGUCGAGGACGACUUUGUGGUGUCGGAGAGCGCCGAGGACGCCCGCCUGCUGCGCAAGCCCGCGCCGCAGAGCUGGCUGCUGCGCAAGGGCGAGUACAUCUGCCUCCCGCACGGCGUGCACCAGAGCGACGACAAGUACUUUCGCGACCCGGGGCGGUUUGACCCGCGCCGAUUCUGGGCCAAGGAAAGUCAGCAGGCAGAGAAAGACGAGAGCGGUCAACUCAACGGCGACGGUGGUGGUGUCAAUGGAAACGCGGAUGUCCGGGUCGAGUACGGCACGAUGAAGGUCUGGGGCGGCGGCAAGCAGAUGUGCAAGGGCAAGACGUUCGCCGAGCGCGAGGUCGUCCUCUUCGCCGCCGCGCUGGUCAUGCAGUGGGACAUGGUCCCCGUCAGUGACGGCGGAAGAUGGCUUCACCCGGGCCGAAAGAUCGGUGCCGGCGCGGUGAAUCCGAAGAAGGAUGUCCGUGUCCGGUUGAUCAGACGCGAGGGGUGGUGAGAAGGUG